AUGUUGUGGAUUACUCGCCCUUUGCUCAUAUUUUCUUACAUACUAUGCGUAAAGGGACAAUUGGGUGAUCUUUAUCUGAUAGCGUUUUGUAGUAACGUCACGUGGCCAGAUGUAGUACUGAAACUGACAUCACUAUCUUCUAGGACUAUUCAAGUGAGUGUAAAGAAACUUACAGAUGAGAUAGACUCGUUUGAGGUCUCCAAAAGCACCCCCACAGAACACAUUUUUAGUGCCAGGCAAAUAGUUUUUUACAGAAAUAUAACUAUAGUCUUACAAGGUAGUGGUCCUUUUGGGGCAUCUCUUUUCGUUGCAAGCACUGGUUCCAUGGCGUCAUGUCUGCUGCUGCCGGUGAACUACUGGGGUAGCUGGUACUUUUUCUCCAACAUACGGAAAUCUCCAAUCUUUUUGACUGUCGUUUCGAAUGCAGAGUAUUCACAUAUCCGUUCACUUGAGCUACAAGAAUUUAAUCGAAGAUUGAGAAGGUUUGAAAUAAUCGAAAAAUUAAUACUGAAUCGUACGUCUAUUGUUUAUAAGUAG